UUGUUCGCACCAGUGAACGGAACUCUAGAAAAUGGGUGCAAUCUGUGUGACCUUGUUUCUACUGGCUGCCCUUGUGGCCUUGAUAUAUGUAUUUCUAGUCUGGAAUUUCAAUUACUGGUCUAAUCGUGGCAUUAAAACCGCAAAAGCAUGGCCCCUGGUGGGAAGUUUUCCAAGCAUGUUUACACAAAAAAGAAAUAUGAUGUACGACAUUGAGGACAUAUAUCAAAAAUACAAGCGCACUGAGAAUUUUGUGGGUGUGAUAAAUACUCGUUUGCCGCAGUUGCUCGUUCUUAGCCCAGAAUAUGCUCAUAAAAUUUUUGUCUCGGAUUUUAGUAGUUUUCGAGAUAAUGAAUUUUCCAAGUUUGUCAGCAAAAAGGUCGACAAAAUUUUGGCAAACAAUCCGUUUAUAUUAACAGGUAACGCUUGGAAGGAGAGGCGAGCCGAAAUAACGCCUGGCUUGACUGCCAACCGUGUAGGUGCCGUCUAUCCUGUAACUCAAAGCGUGUGUCGCCAGUUUGUUGACUACAUCAAGGGGCAACAACUCAUGGCUUCAUCGGAAGGCCUAAAUGCUAAGGAUCUUUGUCUCUGUUAUACUACCGAAGUCGUUGCCGAUUGUGUCCUAGGCAUUAGUGCCAAAAGUUUCACUGAUAACCCCACACCACUGGUGGGCAUGAUUAAGCGCGUCUUUGAGCAAUCUUUCGGUUUUAUAUUCUUUACGAUGAUUGCCAACAUUUGGCCACCAAUAAGAAAGUUUUAUACUGUUGGACUUUUCGCCAAGGAUGUGGAAGAAUUCUUUUUCGAUCUAAUGCAGAAAUGCAUUAAUUUGCGUCGUCAAGAUCCAAAGCUACAGGAUCGUAUUGAUUUUCUCAACUACAUGUUGCAUUUACAGGAUAAAAAGGGUUUAAACACUCCGGAGUUAACUUCACAUACCAUGAGUUUUCUUACUGAUGGUUUUGAGACCACCGCAUUGGUACUGGCUCAUACAUUAUUGCUAUUAGCUCGUUAUCCCGAGGAACAACGAAAAUUAAGAGAGGAACUUGGUAACAGUAACGUGACGUUUGAAAAACUUAGUGAGCUGCCUUUUCUAGAUGCCUGUAUAAAUGAAACACUUCGCCUGUUUCCACCACUUUUGUCUGGUCGUAAGAUCGUAACCGAAACCUAUGAUUUUGUUAAUAAGAAUGGUGUCCGGGUACGUGUGGAACCUGGUGAUGUUGUCACUGUUCCUGUCCGUUCAUUCCACCUUGAUCCACAAUACUAUGAAGAGCCUGAAGAAUUCAAGCCCGAGCGUUUUCUAGAGAUCAAUGGAGGUGUCCGAAAGUACAGAGAUCAAGGGGUCUUCUUUGGCUUUGGUGACGGUCCAAGAAUUUGUCCAGGUAUGCGUUUUGCUCUAACACAAAUGAAGGCAGCUUUGGUGGAAAUAUUACAGAAUUUUAACAUAAAAAUCAACCCAAAGACCCGCAAGGAUAAUGUUUUAGACGAUACUUACUUCAUGGCCUCAUUAAAAAAUGGCAUAUGGUUAAAUUUCGAAACAAUACAAUAACUACAAUAUUAAGAAUUGAAUAUGUAAGCUUCGCAAUCAAAAUCCAUUUGUGAUGACACAAUCAAUUUAGAUGUUUCUUAACUUUUUCUUAUUACUCUGUAUACUACAAAUUUUGCUUAUAUGGUUAACGCAUUAGAUAAAUAUUUUGUGUUUAGUCACGACUCAGGGCAAGUUGAACCAAAGGCAAUACCUUAAUUGAAGAUAAAUCAGCCAAAAUUGCUUCAAUGCUGUCCAGGGAAGCCACUUGCAUGAUACUUUCCUUACGGAAACUUAGUAUAAUGAUGGCAAACAGGGGCAAAAUCUCUAGGCUAUCGAACCCGAGUAUCUGUUACAAGGAGAAGAAAUAAAGUUAUGGUACAUUUGGAUAAA